UGCCCUUUCAUGUGCAUUAAGUUCAUAUAUGUAAUUCAAAUAUUUAGUGUUGUCGUAUGUGUCUAUUUGUUCUUUAUUUUUUGUGGCCAUGGCUUUAACAAGAGAGGUUUUGGAAGAACUACUCGACAAGAAACUGGCGCCAUUACAGGCGUCUCUUGACUUUCUAAAUGAAAAGUACGACAUCAUCUUAAAGAAAGUCUCAGAUCAAGAGGUUAAAGUAAAAGAACUCUCGAAAGAGAAUUCUCGUCUUCAUUCGGAAGUGGGGCUACUCAGAUCUACAUUAUCAAACCAAGGGAAAUGGCUAAACGAUCUAGAGCAAUAUGGCCGCCGGGAAUGCCUCGAGAUCCGUGGGAUCCCUGAGGUUAAAGGAGAAGACACUUCUCAAAUAGCGUGUCAAGUCGCCAACCUAAUUGGGGUCAAGCUCUCGAGACAGGAUAUCUCGACCAGCCACCGCAUCAAGCCUAAAAACUCGACGGCAAAGUUCCCGCCCUCCAUCAUAGUCAAAUUUACAAGCCGUGACAAGCGAGACGAAACAUACAAAGCCAGGGGGAGGUUGCGUGAGCUCUCCACACACAACGUGCCUGGCCUGGAUAGAUUUAAAAGUAACUCGAUCUAUCUCAGUGAGUCUCUCACUCAAAGAAACAAGGCAUUAUUCAAAAGUGCGUUGGAGGAUAGAAAACAAAUGAAGUAUGACUUCAUUUGGACUGCAAAUGGAAACAUCUAUUUGCGCAAGAAUGAACGCAGUCCAUCGAUUCAUGUUACCGAUGAAUCGGUAUUAAUAAAUCUAAGAAGCUCCAGCUUUGUUCACGAAGUCGAAGGGGCGACGGCGAUGACAGAUACCAACAUCUUCUCCAAGAGCGACAGUGCGGCAAGUACAAAUACAGCAAGUUAAGAAUAAGUCACAUAGCUAACAUGUAUUCUUUCCAUCGAAGUUUACAAUUAACUAGAUCACAUAUAAGUUCUUAUGUUGACUUACAAUGACUAGAGUUAUCUGUCACAUUUGUUCUAAAAUUAUAAGAAAGAACUGUCGUGCUGUCGAAUGCGAUUCAUGUUUACAGUGGUGUCACUUUAAAUGCUCAAAAUUGUUGCUUAAACAGUUUAAUCAUUUAUCGCUCACCAACGAUUUAUGGCUCUGUCAUCCCUGCUAUUCUGAAGUCUUUCCCUUUCACAAUUUAAACAACAAUGAUCUAUUGGAUCUAGUCUUUAAUUCCAAUACAUUGUGCCACUGCUCCCCAUUCAUUGAUCGCGUUCGCCUUGAAAAUCUUCCUCAUCUAGACAUAGUUUCUAGUUUGAAUUUUCCGAAUUUAAGUGACUUUGAUUUAGAUAUUAAUAUUCCUAGUCAGAUUAAUUCAAAAUACUACUCCCCCCAUGAAUUUCACUCGUCUUAUGAGCUUUCAAAUUUAUCAGACAAAUCGCUCUCACUUCUUCAUUGUAAUAUAAGAAGUAUUUCAAAAAACUUUGAUAAAUUACAAGAUAUGCUUUCUACUUUAAAUCAUCCUUUUAAGUUAAUUGCUCUAUCUGAAACCUGGCAUUCUGACUGUAGAGAGCAUAUUGCUAAUUGUUCUCUCCCAGGUUUUACUUAUAUAUCGAAACCGACUAAAUUUUCAGUUGGGGGAGUAGGUUUAUUUAUAGCUGUUUCUUUUAAUUUCAUUUUGAGGGAGGACUUAUCCAUUUCAAAUGAUCAACAA